UUCCCUUCACAGAAAGCUUUCAGUUCAUGGUAAGUGACAGUUGUUGGAGAGCAUGAAGAAAGACACAGCAUUAAUCAACUGUUACAUGGAGUUUUCAGCAGGGAAAGGAGAACCUAUCCAUUGCAAUCUGAAUCCAAAUGGUAUUGAUCACCCUGUCCCCACAGAAGGUAUUAAUCUGCAACUUGAAGGUGAAGGAGUCGAAUCGCCCUCUGUUAAGAACACUAGUACUCCAAAAGGGCCUGAGUCAAAAGAGACCCCCAAGAGGCAGCAAGUGGAGCCAGAAAUAGCUAAGUCUGGAACUGUGAAGCUGACCAAGCCCGUGGCAUUAUGGACCCAGCAGGAUGUCUGCAAAUGGCUGAAGAAACAUUGCCCUAAUCAGUAUCAAAUCUACAGUGAGUCAUUCAAACAGCAUGACAUAACUGGCCGUGCAUUGCUGAGGCUCACUGACAAAAAGCUUGAACGAAUGGGCAUUGCCCAGGAAAGUCUGCGACAGCACAUUCUGCAGCAAGUCCUUCAGCUGAAGGUGAGAGAAGAAGUCCGAAACCUCCAGCUGCUUACACAAGCCCCAGCAGAGAGCUCUCCAUAAGCAUCUCCAGCCUCUAAAGCUGCUGUCCUGCCACUUGAUGUGAAAAUGAACUUUCCUUCGUGAAAAAAAAAAAACAAACCAACAACAAAACAUAACAAAUGGCACUGCCAGAAGGUGACCACGGAGGACUGAAGACAAACUUGAAGUAAAAUGAGCCCACUCAAGAUGAGGCAUUCUGGGAAGACCUGGUUUGCUGUGGAGUAAAGUUGUGGUGCAUAAUAUCCAGUGCUAAUUUGUUGAAAAUGGUCAUUUACAGACCUUUAGCUGGAAAAUUUCUUCCAGUGUUCAUCACUGUGCAUAACUUUUGAGUUCCCUUUAGGGGACUGUCUAUGCCCUUCACUAGAAGUCCUGUUUUAGCAUGGCAACUACUGGAUUCUUUUACUAUGUAUGCAGAUGGCAUGAUGUUUUAGGAAAAACUUACAGCAAUUCUCCCAUCUCAGUGGAUAUGUUCACAAUAUUACACCCUAAUAGGAAUGUAAACGUCUUGUAUAUGUUAGUUUUGCGGUCUAAUGGUAUUCUGUUAAACAAUAUCAGCACUUCAUAUGUGCUCUCUGCACAGAACUAGCACAGUCCAUAUAUAUAUAUAUAUAUAUAUAUAUAAUUGUCUUUUUUUUAAAUACUGAGGAUAGGUUUCAGUAUUUGUGCUGAGACUACAUCCAACCUGAAGUCCGUUUCUAGCGUACCUUCACUGAUUCACAGUAGAUUGUGUAGAUAGAUUUGCACGUGGCAGAGGUGUGACUUCUUUUAUCAAGACUUACAAAACAGCUGUCACAAAGGUAGCCAAGAACAGAGUGGGUUGAAUGAGCUGUAGGACACUGUGUCUGCUGUCCCUCUCAUGCGCCAAAUAUCAAAGGUCUCGUUUGUAGUGUGCCAAUGUGUUUUCUUACUCAGUGAGGGAGAGGCAAGGGAGAGAGCCUUUCUCAGAGAUGUGAGUGACCCUACAUUUGGUCUACGAUAAAACUAGAAUAAACUGGAAGAAUUCAGGUUCUUUAUGCUGGCCACCAUUUAUGUUUUGGGCAGGACUGGGGAACUGUAGUCCAAACCAAACUUUAUGAAUAAGGUAAAGUGUAAGACUACACUUCUAAGGAGCGAGACACUCCCUUUGGAGAGGGCAGACUUCUUCAUUAGCUUUUUCCACUUUGUAUCCAAAACGGUAUUUGAGUAGGAACUGAGAAUAAGGAAAUGGUUCCAAUAAGCCUUUCAAUAUACUGUAGCAGGCUCAAGACUGUUGCAUUCAAUCUGAGCAUUUUUUUUUGUUCAGUCUCUGAAUGGCUGACCUCACCACUGGCUGUAUCACAGCUGGCUGUGAUACUGUUUCUUCCAUGAGGACUCAGUGGAAUUAAUGUCUGUCCCUCACAUCAGGACCUUCUUGACACAUUCUAUAUAAUGAACUGAUGCCAUCAACAUACUGAGGGGACUUAACUAUUUGUUCCUUCUUUCUUUAAUAUCAAAGGUAGCCUUUUUCUGUAUUUAAAGACCAUCGCUCUCUCCAGUCUGAUAGAGGUGUACUAUAGAGUUGCUGUUAGCAUAUUUGCCAAACUGUAGGUGACAUGGCAUACUGGUGUGAAGAUGCGUCAAUGGAGAGAAGGUGCAGCUCCAUCAAGUCAAAGGGACCUUUUCAGAGGAAGGUCCUGUGUUAUAAUUCUUAAAAACUACUGUACAGUUCAUUGCUAGGAAUGGAAGGUACUGAGGGUACCCAUACAGCCAAGAGAUAAAUAUCGUUAGGGCUUAAUUUUUCUCAGAUGCCUAUGGACUUUGGUUUCAGCUCUCCACCCAUCUCAGAUUCAGAUUGUUGGGUAUUUCUGUAGUAUUAAAUUCAAAAGUAAAUUAUUUUUAUUGAUGACCAAGAUUUUCAGAAGUUGCUAGUGAUUUCUAAUGGCUUGGGUCUUUCCAUGGGUUCUUAAAUGGAGCUUCCAAGGAUUGCAAAGCAGUAGGCUUCUACAUUCUCUUUCUGAAAAUCCUAGUCCCUAAUUUUAAAUUAAUUGGUGUAAAAAUUCUCCUUAAGACAUAAGAAUCUUUGCCAAUAGCAACAUUUGCACUUUUUAGAGCUUUUCAUAGGGUUGCAGUUUGGAAUCUGAUACCAAGAGAACUGGCUUUGCACGUGGCACAGGGCCACUGUAAGCUUUAGCAAAUUUUAUAGCUCUUUCUGCUACAGGUUUUAAAAAUGCACUCUGGCAACUGGACAUCACUUUCAUGUUGGUACAGCAAUUAAAAAAAAAAACCAAAACAAAAACACUUUGAUAUAAGUUAUUUUAAGAAGAAGGAGAAUGCUAAACUUCUGCCAGAGGGAUUCUCUUAUUUUACUACCCCGUGGAAAAAAAUCCAGAAUAAUUUGAAUGAUAAAAGAAGAGUUUAUCAUACAGUGUUAUCUUAAAAGGGCAUACAAGAAGAAGUUGAGUUAGGCAGAGAGCCACUAGAAGCAUUUUUUGUAUCAAUGUUAGUUUUGAACAUCUUCCAGUGUAUGGGCAUGAAUUUAGAUGUGUGCACUUCUCCUGUUAAAACAGUUUGUUUUAAAAGCUUCCCAGGAUUUUAGCUACAGUGACCUAGAAAAGCAGUGUUAUAGGCCCUGAGAAAUGUGAAAAUCAAGUCCAGACCCUCGUGUAGCCAGACUCGGUGAGAAGUCUGCUGUAGGUGCCUAUCAGACAAAUCUCCUUUGCAGCUGGUGUAGGUCUCCAUCCUACAGCCAUCCUGUGCAUGUGGAUAACUGCAAGCAUAGUUCCCCCGAGCCCCGUGACACUUCUCAUGUGUGUAACUGUCUGCUGGAGCCAUAAGGAAAUAACUGUAUUUUUUGGCUUGUAUUUAACUAUUCAUUGUGUUUGGAUUUUUUAAUCACUGUUAUUCUCCCAAAGUAGGCCAUGCUUCCUCAGGGAUAUUUAUGAAAUUGUUCUACACCUCCUGAACAACUAUCUGGAUCCCAGCAUAUUCUUCUGAAAACUUUUUAAUAUAAAUAAACAUGUGGGAGAGAUUUUUGUUAUUAUGAAUGAGGGCAGGUACUGUGUUCUCGGAAAGGCUGUUGAGUGCGGACAAUCAAGUCUAUUGCAUUUUUUAUGCUGAACACCUUAUUAAUAGCAGGCACAUCCGCUUUUGCCUGGGUCGCAGGAACAGUUCAGGGGAAAGAAUGCUUUAUCUCUAGUCAAUAAAUCAUCUAUGUUGAGAGUGCCAAAGACCAAGUCAACAUGAAAGGGAACGAAUAAGUUGUUCCAGCAAAGGAAGUGAAUUUAAAUACACUCAGAGCCAUUAGUUUGGUGCAAAAGAGUAGGAGACUAACAGUAUUUUCAUAAAACAGCAAUUAUUAGUCCUGUGGAGACUAUAAAUUCAGAAAGGCCAGUGCUGCUGUUAUAUUGAUCACUAGUCAUUAUCUCUGCAACUGCAAUCAGGACACUGUUCCCUGUGUGCAGACCUGCAGCCUUCCUCCUAUGCCCAGACCCUCUCCCUGUCACCACGUUCACCCGGUUUUUGUGUUGAGAAAGGUUGCAGCCUCAGGCCCCCUGAGAAACGCUGACAGAGACUCAGCCAUCCCAAAGGCUUCAAAGCAUGAAUAGUCCUGCAGUAGAAACCUGAAGAAAUUGCUCGUCCCAGAAAACACACUGCAGCUGAAAUCAUUCUUUGUGCUGUUUUGUUCCUUGGUUUCUCAUCUGCAUGGCUUUCUGUGCCUGAACUCCCUUCCAGGAGGGAAGUUUGAAAAAUCUCCAUGAGCUUUUUGGCUUUGCCCACCCGACUGCUCUACCCAUGGGCUCAUCCCUCCGUGUCCCUUAGGGUAAGUGUUGUCACUCAACAGCAGCUGCAGCAUCACUGACAAAAUCAAAACAUUAAAAAUGACAAAAUUCUGGGUUUGUUUUGCCCUGAAUUUUCAGAAGACCCCAGGCCAGACCCCUGGCAGACCUACAUCGUGCUGCUCCAUCAGAGUCUCUGCAGAUCUGUUGAUUAAUGCCAGCCAUGGAGCCAGACCUGGGGAGUUUUUUUGUUAUGGGUAGAAUUAAUCUCCCUCCACCUGUCACAAAGCCACAAUAUCUCAAUUAUUCAAAGUUGUGUCAGGCAAGCAAAGUAAAACUCUGCUUCUUUCGCAUUGGUCCCUUUUUAACAAUUAACAUCUCUGGCAUCAGAGUCUCUUCAAACAGCUCCACUGCAGGACUGUGCGGCAAUUGACCCUGGUAUAUAUAGACUGUGGUCAAUAAGACUUUAAUUUAAAAAGAAAAGGUCCUCUGGUAUAAUUAAAAUUGAUGGAUGAGUGGGAAAGUACUGCAGGCGUUACCUACAACUUCCUAUAGUAAAAUUCAGGAGUGUUAUCUGGAGUGCAAAAACCCCACCAACAUAACACAUGGGUGAUUAGGCAGGCUCAUGAGGAUUAAUCGGCAAGUAAGAAAAGUAGAUGUUUGAUGUGGGAAGCCAAAAAAAAUAGCUGGGAAGUCAGCAGCCAAUAGGUUAGGGCUGAUUAAACCAAAGCCUUACAUGUAUCCUAAUAAAUACAGUCGUAGCAAAGCUAAGUCUGGUGUAAGACCAGCACAGCACAGUGAUUACUCACAGUACAUGCAACACCCAACAAAUGUUCUUGUUUGGUAUUUGAAAGCAACAGAAGGAGGGAGUAAAGCUGCAUAUUAAAAUGUAAUUCCUCCUACUCCAUUGGUAAUUACGGGUACAAUUAAGCAGCAACUAUCCAAACUUAUUUUUAAAUUUACAGAACCAGGUAACUGAAUCCAAAAGUGUAGGAAAAGUUGCCUAGAGCUCCUCAGAACCAGAAAGUGUGAAAGAAACUUCAAAUGACACCCCAAACUGCAAUAAUUUAAAAGAAUGAGUGAUUUGACCCAGAAAACUAUAGGCUCAUAAGCUUCCUAUCAGUCUUAGGCAAAAUCAUGGAAAAGCUGAUAUGACACAAUCGUUAAAGCAAUUAAAAAUUUAUAAAACUCUACAAAUGAAUUUUAUAGAGAUGUAUCAUGCCAAAUAAACUCACUGCCAAUUUUUCUGAUAUCAUAGGCUUGUUGAUAAAGGAAACUGCUGACAUACUAUACUUCCCCUCCGAUAGAUCAUUUGAUUCUGAUAAAUAACAAAAUAGCACAAUGCAAAAUCAAUGUAGCCCAUAUUAAGUGGAUUAAAACUGAUUACAGGCUAGAUCAGAAAAGUAACUGUAAAUAUGAAAUUACCAUCAGCAAGACUAUUUCUUAUCAUCUCUUCCCAAGGUAUGUUCUAGUUUUAAUAUUCCUCCCAGUGAAAGAAAACUAUUGUUGGCAGCAGCUACAGGUGACAAAGCCAGGGACAUGCAGUAAACAACUAUGUGGAGCAGGUCAGUGGUACAGAGUAACCUGGAGGAUGGCAAAGUCAGAAAUCGAGGAGAGAUGGCAGCAAGUGCCACUUAGAUUCAUGGGGAGUGCGUCUGGAAUAAUGCAGUGGCUGUGAAGGUCUGAUAAAUAACCAAUUCAGCAUCAGCCCCAGAGGUGCUCUUGCCAGCUGGGAUGUUGGACCUGGCAAGAGCAACGCUGUUCCAGUUUGUGUGGUUACUGCCUGUCUUUCAAAAAGGGUAUUGACAACUUGGAAAGAUUAUUUUCAGUAGCUCCCGGUGUCGUUCAAGGGCAGGAAAAUGAGUCUUAUUAUAGUGUCAGACUAAUGAAGCUCAAGCUAUUAAUUUAUCAGAGGCAAUUUGAAGAGGUGACACAAUCUCCAUCUUGCAAUCACAAUCUUCUACCUGGGCAGGAAAGUGCUGUCUGAAGGCAGGUAUCUCUUUUAUUUAGAAGAAAAGGGAAUGAUGUGCUCUACUGGUUGGAAACUGAUUUCAGGCUAGAAAUUAAAUGCAAAUGCUCGACAGGGAGGAUAAUUACCCAUGGAGACAACUUAGUUAGUUACCUGGCAUGUUCUCCAUCACAUAAAGUCUUUAAAUGUAUGCAGAGUAUUUUUCUAAGUCAAUAAGCUCUACCUCAAACUGAAGUCCAGGCUCAGUAAUCCAGUCAAUUACUGGAUGAGAUUAUUAGGCAUGUGUUAGACUAGAUUAGACCAGAUCAUCAGAUAUAAACUUCAAAAUUAAAAAUAUCUUAAAAUUUUCCAAUAUUACAGGAAAGCAGGAUGACCUUUAUCCAUAUUUUUCACACAAAAUGGUCAUAAUUUGAAUAUCUUACAAGAUCAGAGCUGUGCUUGACAGCAUUUGUUCUGAGCAUCAGUAGGUCUGCUUGCAGUUGCAAGGUCUUUCUACGCAUAAUUGAAGGAAGAAAACCAGACAAGAAAGGACAACACAAACCCUUGGACAUCUAGAGAAAGUCUAUUGUCUUUCAGCAAUAACAGCCUGAGACAAAAUGAUGCACUCAAAUGAUGGGGCCAAGCGGAAGUGUAGUCAGAGCAAGGAAUAACAACUGUGGGUUUGCCUCUUAAUUAAGGAGGUAGCAUCUUGCUGGCAAGAAACAGAUUUUCCUGCUUUCAACAGCCGGCAGAGAAGCCUUGGUGCUAAUUGAGAAUUAUAUUGUAUCACUGUGCAGCUGAACACGGUACACAAGUUCCCUGCUUCAAAGACAGCAAACUGUUCCUGCUGUCAUGACGAGACCCAUUGGAGCCAGUUAAUAAAGCCCUAGAAGUGAAAUUACUUCAGCGGGUCUACCCAGAGUAGUGAGAGCUGCUCCCAGCAGUGGGUUUUUGCAAGACUGGGCCCUAUUACCACUGACUGGUUUGAAUGUUGUACCUUAGAAACAAGCAGAGGAGUGCUUGGUGUCUGAUUCAGGUUUCUCUAAACCACUGUUGAUAGGUGUGGGGCAAAUACCAGGCGUCAGAGCCACCUUCUGUCGUGCUUCAACAGGCGGCUGGGAACAGCAUAAAGUAGGAUGUACAUUUUAAAGAGUAAACAGUUCACGCAGACAAGAGAAACUAUAAAAGCAACACUUACUGCAAAUUGGUAUUGAAUCGACAUCAAGACACUGAAACAAGAAGGGAGCUAGCUACAGCCAUAGCUAAGAAGAUAAAGAUCUUUGGGGAUUCUUACUCUAAUCCAGUGUGAAAUCCUAAGAAAAUGAGUUUGGUCUGGAUUUAUUGUUUAAAGAACAUUGGUAUGUUCUGGCCGCCUGUCAAAUAAAUUCUGUGGAGUCACCGACUUUGGCGCGUGAUGGCUUAUGAGUGUCCUCACGCCGCUGAGACACCUUGCAGCUCUGGCGGAGAGUAGUCCUUAGUGGGCACAUCUGGGGUCACACUGGACGGAGAAGAAGCUGAACUUGCAGACUCUGCCAUAAAAGUAGGAUUGCCAGCAUUAAUAUAACACAGCCAGGCUUAGUCUGAGAAUGAGAAGAAAAGCUCCUUUCUGGUUUUAAUUCCAAAUAUAUCUAAGUACUUUUUCAGAACAAAAAUAUCCUCCGUAGCUGUUGUUACGUCUCUAAUCAUAUCACUUCUAUUAAGCACUCGCCUUGGAUCCAUCUAUUUAAUAACAUAAGUCACCAAAUUAAAUAGCGAUAGUCAGGGUUUCGUAAAACAGGGAGACUGAUAUUGCAGCCAAACUACAUGUAAGCAAUAAGAAGCUGUGCAGAGGAGAAAAAAAAAAAAGGCCAAACCACAAUCUGCACCAUUGGAUGCUUUGGGGACUUGGUUGGCUGGUUGGCGUUCAUUACUGAGAGCACGGUUUUACAUCUAGACCGAGGUUUUCCCCUGCUGAGCCAGGCUCCGGUCUCCAGACUAGUCCAGAUAAAGAAAUGUUUGGAGUUCAUCUGCAUCCUGUGUGUGCAAGAGGCUCCUUCUCUGCUUUCCUUCUGAGGAAGGUAGAAAAUAUUAUGUGGCCAUAAAGGGAGAACAGAGGGCCACAAGCUUCCAGCCUAUGCAAAGCAUCUCAGCUCGAGACCCAGAAUUCGGCCAUCUCCCCCGGAGUGCAACACCACUGACCGAGGGGGGAACUGGGCUGUGCUGGGCUAACACACCAGCGAAGCCCGGUGGCCUGAGCCAGCCGAAUGCUCCCUGGCAGCCACUGCAAGAGACACAUUACCUUGCAGAAGUGGAUCCCCGGUUUCAGGGCAUCAGCUGAGUUGCUGUUGUCUGCUGGGCUUCCCCUAAAAUACAUAUGAACUGCACGGGGUGAUGCUCUGGCGAUGGGAAUGGACCAGCGUUUCCCCAAAGAGGCUCUGUGCUCCGAGAAGACUCUUGCUUUGCACUCAGCUGCUGAGAUACUUGGCGAGAGCAAGAGGCACAUUUUUAACUUUUGCACAGUUAUUGCAGAAUCUGAACGGGGCAGGCACAUGCUUCGGGGCCUGCUGGGCUUUGCUUUCAGCCUCUUUUAGGGCCUGUGGCUUAUAUGGACGUACCUCACAGCUGUUAUUUCUUUAUUACAAGUGAGGUAAGAUGGGAGUAACGCCUGCCUGACUCCAUGCAGCAUAAACCAGCAAAAGGGGCUCUUAAUUUGGGCUGCUCUGGUUCGGGGAGUUGAAUUUGAAGUUGAUUGAACCUGACCUUGAGGAGAAUAGAUAACUGAUAGCUGGAAUUACAGCCACACCAAAGGUUGCCCCCAAAUCAGUGGCCCAUGUACAGAAUCAGAUGCCAGGCUGCGCUUCACAUCAAUUCUGAGUCAGUGAUCUCCUUUUAAUGUUAACUUGGUUGAAAAAUCUGGGAAAAUGCCAGCACUCCAGUGGUUGAAAGACAAUGCACUGUUAUUCCCAGUCCAUCUAUGGCUGAACUUUUUAAAGAUGGAACUAAAUGAGGUGGCAUAAGACAAAAGUGUGCCUUUUUGUUUGACGUACACUGAGUUUCCCCAGGCAUCCAAGGUGUUCAUCUGUACAGCAAUGCUUUUUUUCCCAAACCAGAAAUGAUAAUGCAAUCUAAUUUUUAGUAUAUAAAGCAGCCAUCAUUGUUAAUUCCACACUACAAUUUUUAUAUUUACUGUUCAAUUCCUUCUGUUUUCAAAAAUCAAGAAAAAUAAAACCCGGGCGGGAGGGAGGCAUUCUUUUAACCGAUGAAAUUAAAAUCAAUAUCAAAUUUUUGGUAUCUUUGGGCAUGAUCUCUGGAAGCUUUGGAUAUCUGCUUUUUCAUUUUGUAUAUUUGACAAUUUUGUACUCUGCAUUGUUUGACUUCAUUCGUGCAUGGCGAUGUAUUAAAACAUGGA